CUAACCGUAACUGGCACGCUUCCUUCACGUUCAAGACGCGUUAGCAAUCAAAACAAAGUUAAUACGAAGUUUAUUGUAUUUACUUUACUAUAUUUAUAUUUUUUCUAAUUAGCUGUUGAAUGUGUUGUAAAUUUUUAUUCAUAAGUUGCUGUGGUACGUCUAUUAUAAACAUCAAAUAGGAUAUUUACAUAAAGAUAGACACAGAUAUUUAAAAUGAAUGAUUCUUUUUUGGAAGAUUUAGAGCCAAUACUAAAACAAUCAAAGAAAAAAACUCAGGAGCAAAUGGAUUGCUAUGUAACUACCAGGAAUGCUACUUCAUCUCCAUUACCUGAGUUCUUGGAACAGGAUGAAAGGGAUAAUGUUGUGCAACCACAGAAGAAACAUUCCCUUAUAACAGUUUCAAAUACAUUUACAGGGAGUAAAGAUUCUUUAAAGGAUUCUAAGAAACAAUCUGAUCAAAAUAUGAAAAAGCUUUCUGUAAAUGCAAAAGUAAUUGAGAAAACUGAAAAGGCUGUAGAUAGUAAAGCGAAGCCUGUAGAUAUAAAAAUAAAAAUUGAGAAUAAACAGCACAACAUUAACGAAGAACAAAAAAUAAAAUUACAAGACGCAAGAUAUCUUAAGAUACCUGAAAAUAAAAUUGUAAAAGAUCGUAUGCGUCGUUCCGGAUCACAUAAGGAAACUAUUCAUUCCUUAAAUACUUCCAGUAAGGAGAAUAGACAUUCUCCUGAUUCUUCCAAUCAUUCUUUUGAUGCUUCCAGUAAGGAAAAUCGUCCUUCAGAUUCUUCCAGAGAGGUUAGUUCUUAUUUGAUUAAAGAGAAGGAAAAAUUGCCUAAUAAAUCGAAGAAAUCGGGUUUUAAAAUACAAGAUCAAGAUCCAGUUGGUUUACUUACGGCUAUUAAAGAACUAAUAAGUAUGUACACUAAACAAGAGAGUACGAAGAUACUACGUGCUAUGGAGGAGCUGCAUAUAAACUCCCAAGCUACUUUGAUAAAAAAUCUCUUGGAGCAGACAGAUGAUGUGGUCAAAGAAAUGCAUUCCUGCAAAGAUUCUGCUAGAAUGAAAGCUUUGAUUGAAGAGAAUGAGCACUUACACCAAGAGUUAAAUGCUUUGCGAGUGCAAAAUGAGGAUCAGCAGAAUAAAUUAGAAUUCUUAAAACAAGAAAAUGCUGCCUUAAAAAUGAAGUGCCAAGAAUUGACAUAAACAUAAUAUCAAACAAUUGCAUUAAAUGAGAAACGAAAAAUAAAAUAUUGAAUUCUU